GCAACAGUUUGUUUUGUUUAGUGUUUUGUUGUUGCCGCGUUUUCAGUGAAUCAGUGGUACGUGGUACUACAUACAUACUUGGUUUUCAUUUUCACUUUUGCUGGUUUUCUGAAGAGGCUUUUUAUUUUUGAAAAUGGUCAAAGAAUGUGGAGAGAAUAUGGAAAUUGAGUUGAAUGACGAAGUAACCAUCGAGCAACCCACCAUCAUGAUGAGCGCGCAGAGACUCGAGACUUUUGGCGAGAAAGGCAUGUGGUUUGAAGUCGGUUCUGCGAGCCGCCAGGAUAUGGUUAAAUCUGGAUUUUACUGCCCAAGCGAGGACAAGAGAAAAAAUAGAAUUGUCAAAUGUACCUAUUGCAGAAAGGAAUUUGCAAACUGGACCAGGGACGACAAGCCAGAAGAGCGUCAUUUGGCAGAGAGCUCCGAAUGUCCCUUUGCACAGUUUGGAAGAGAUGAGGAAGAGCUAACAGUUCGUGAGUUCCUCGAGUUAGAGCUUGCAGUAAAGCUUGCAGUCAUGGACGAAGAUAAAGAAAAGUUGAAAGCUGCUGCGAUCGAAUCGUUUUCAGAUGUUGAAAAGUUACUCAAUAAGAAGUGAACUAUGGGUUCAGAAAAUUUUAAAGCCCUCUGCAUUAUGGCUUUUAAAAAUUUAUAUAAGUCUUUCUCAACUCGUUACGACAUAUUAAUGCUUGGAAAUGGCGCUAAUUAAAAUUCAAAUAUUGGUAUAAGUUUCACUGACCUUGAUAAGUACUGAUUUGUAAUAAACUUAAUCAGCAAAAAGUUGCUUUAAUUUUAAGAUCUUUGCGGAAAAAUAAAAUAUAAUAGCUAAACUUUAUUUUUUCCCCUUACAAUUUAAUCUGUUAGUUGCCUUGUUAUUAGCAUAUUAUUAUGAUAUGUAGUGUAGACAUGCAUAGGCACUGAUUAAAAUAUUUUUUAUAAUUGUAGUGAAAAUUUUAGU